AUGAGCAGUGCGUCGCCUGAAGUAGGUCCCUCGCAGGACAUUUUCACAUCCAAGAGUGUGUCCGAGGACCAAAACUCCCAAAGCUCGAGGGUAAUGAAUGCGCCUGAGCCCAAGGCUAACAGAGUCGACUCUCACGACGAGAUUGACGAACUUAAGAAAGAAGCUGAAGAACAAUUGGCUAGCAAAGGCCGUGGUGAUUUCUUAUUUGUUUCUAUCUGCUGUGUCAUGGUUGCUUUCGGCGGUUUCGUUUUUGGAUGGGAUACCGGUACCAUUUCCGGUUUUGUCCAGCAAACCGACUUUAAGAACAGAUUUGGUCAGAUCAACAGCAGCGGUGAACGCUACUUGUCUAACGUCAGAACUGGUCUAAUGGUUUCUAUCUUCAACAUCGGUUGUGCCAUUGGUGGUAUUGUACUCGGUAAGGUUGGUGAAGUCUACGGUCGUCGUUUGGGUCUGACGAUUGUUGUCAUCAUCUACGCUGUAGGUAUUGUCAUUCAAAUUGCCUCCAUUGACAAAUGGUACCAAUACUUCAUUGGUAGAAUUAUUUCUGGUCUUGGUGUCGGUGCCAUCACCAUUUUGUCUCCCAUGUUGAUUUCUGAGGUCGCCCCUAAGCACUUGAGAGGUACCUUGGUGUCUUGCUACCAAUUCAUGGUUACUGGUGGUAUCUUUUUGGGUUACUGUACUAACUUUGGUACCAAAAACUACAAUAACUCCGUCCAAUGGAGAGUUCCUUUGGGUCUAUGUUUUGCCUGGGCUCUUUUCAUGAUCGCUGGUAUGAGUUUUGUUCCCGAAUCUCCCCGUUACCUGGUGGAGGCCGGCAAACUUGAAGAAGCCAGACGCUCGCUAGCUCGCGCCAACAAAGCCCAAUUGGAAGACGCCGUCGUUACAUUGGAAUUGGAAUCAAUCGAAGCCAAUGUCGAAGCUGAGAAAAUGGCUGGAAAGGCUGGAUGGAAAGAAUUGAUUGUCGGUAAGCCUCAAAUGCUCAAGCGUACUUUGAACGGUAUUGUUGUCAUGUCUUUGCAACAACUGACUGGUGACAACUACUUUUUCUACUACGGUACUACCAUUUUCAAGGCUGUUGGUUUGACUGAUUCUUUUGAAACGUCCAUUGUUCUUGGUGUCGUCAACUUUUUCUCUACUUCUCUCUCAUUGUACACUGUUGACAGAUUUGGUCGUCGUAACUGUUUGAUUUACGGUGCCAUGGGUAUGGUUGCAUGUUACGUCGUGUAUGCCUCCGUCGGUGUAACCAGACUGUAUCCUGAAGGUGCCGACCACCCAGAUGUUUCCUCCAAGGGUGCUGGUAAUGUUUUGAUUGUGUUCGCUUGUUUCUACAUUUUCUGUUUUGCUACCACCUGGGCUCCUAUUGCUUACGUCUUGAUCUCAGAAACCUACCCAUUGAGAGUAAAGGGUAAGGCUAUGUCUAUUGCUUCCGCAUCUAACUGGAUGUGGGGUUUCUUGAUCUCUUUCUUCACUCCAUUCAUUACCAGUGCUAUCAACUUCUACUACGGUUAUGUGUUCAUGGGCUGCAUGAUUUUCGCCAUCUUCUAUGUCUUUUUCAUGGUCCCAGAAACCAAGGGUUUGACGCUAGAGGAAGUUAACGAAAUGUACCAAGAGGGCGUCUUGCCAUGGAGAUCUACUGCUUGGGUUCCAGCUUCUAGAAGAGGAGCUGACUACCAUGCUGAGGAUUUACAAAAUGACGACCAGAAUUUGCCAUUUUACAAGAGAUACUUCUAA